AUUCAAGAGAAUUAAAGAUACAAUUGAUAUUUCAAAGUUAAAUAUCCAUUAUGAAGAUAGAACCAAUAGUUCAUUUUAAUUUAUUUUAUCAAAUAUAAUUUUAUAAUAGUGAGAAAAAGAAAUAAAAUAAAUAUGAAAUAAAAUAAUAUUUUUAAAAUAUAUCUAUAUCUUUAAGAAAUAAUCAAUAGCUUCAAAUAUGAAGGAUGAACAACAUAUAAAACCUUAACAAAAAUCAACUUCCAAUAAAUCCUAAUAAAGAAUUCAACAAGAAAAUCCACCAAUGCUUUAAAAAAAAACAUCAUAACAGAAAACACAAUCAAUUUACUUGCAAAAAGCAAAAAUGAUACUGUGUAUCAUUCAAUGAUCAUAAAGUUAGUAACAACAAAAUUAAAUAGGGAUUCAUUUUACCAUUGCAUCUGUAAUUUCUUCAAUGAAACAAAAUUGACGGUAACCGAUAACGAUCAUAGAUUUGUUAAUGAGAAGUCGAUAUAUUUACCAGAUCGCUCGGACGAGAUGCGUUGCGCUGAGAGGUGGAAGAACGACUCGCAAGAAGUUAGCGAGUUCGGGCUUGUAAAAGUAUUCGUUCACGCUCGUCUCAGGGUCUCGUGGGCGUACUCAUUUACUUGGUGUGGGGAAUUAACGGAUCCCAGCUUCAUACUGUCAUUGAUGGUCUUGGAGGUGAUGGUGGAACUGCUGGUCUUGGUGGUAAAUUGCUGCAUGGUCGACCAAUUUUUGAUGGUGGUCUUAUUCCAGAUGGUUUUGGAUCAGACAUGUUCUUAUGUAUAUAACAAUAUUAUGUAA